AUGAAUUUUUUAAUUGGCAAUCCUUCAAAUGGUUAACAGUCAAACUAGAAUUAACAACGACCUAUUGAGUAUGAGGUUGAUAUACUAAAUAAAAGAAAACAAAGAUUAGUGAAAACGAAAAUUCAAGUAAAAUUUUCAAGUUAUCACUAAAUCAUAUAUUCAAAAGAUGAAGCAAUUCUAAAAAUGUAAAUAUGAUUGAUUAAUGAAAUAAAGAGAACAAUUUUAUGAUAUCUUCAACAUACCAAAAAUAAUGAAUAAUAUGGAACAGUUAAGAUAUCUUACCUUCUAAGGUCGAUAGGUUUGGAAUUAUAAGAAAAUUGGUAAAUGGUUUGCAAUUUGGGAUAAAAAGUCUUUAGUUUAUGUUGGUGGAUAUUACAUGGAAGGAUAAAAGUAAGGUUUAUGGAAAGAACUCAUAAAAAAUUAUUGGAGGUAAAUGCUAUAGAUUUAUAACCAUAAAUAGUAAAGCUGAAGUUUUAAAAAUCGGAGAAUAUAAGAAUGAUAAUAGAAUAGGCAAAUGGAGUUAUAUUUACAAAAAUAUGGAGAUGUAAUCAUUUAAAGCUGAAUUAGUGAUGGUGGGUAUUACAAUCUUAAAAGUAAGAAGACAGGCAAAUGGAUCGAGUUAGAUGAAAGAUUUUAUGAUUUGAAAUAAGUCACUUUUAAUGGUGAAUAUAAUUAAAAUGGUAAGAAGAGUGGUAGAUGGAAUAUUAAUUAUUGCGCGCCAUAUGGAGAUGAAAAAUAUAAAGAAAUGUAAUAUAAGCAAUAAUAUUAGUGGUGGAGGAUUAUAUGAUAAAGAGGAUGAUCAAAAAAAGAUUGGAAGGUGGAUAGAGUUGGAUGAACAGUUUGAGUUUGAAAAAUAAGUUACAUAUAGCGGUGAAUAUAAUAAAAAGGGUAUUAAGGUUGGUAGAUGGGAUACAUGGUUUAAAAUUGUAUAAAAUAAAUAAAUGUAAAUCUUAGUAUAUAAAAUUAUAUUAGUGGUGGUGGAUCAUAUGAUAAAGAAGGGGGUUUGGUAAAGAUUGGAAGAUGGAUAGAGUUGGAUGAAGGAUUUGAUAGAUAGAAACAAGUCACAUAUAGUGGUGAAUAUGAUAUAUAGGGUAGAAAGGUAGGAAGAUGGGAUACUGCAUUUGAUAGAAAAUAAAUGUAAAUAUUAUUAUAAUUAAUUUCUGUUUAGUGGGGGUGGAUCAUAUAAUAAAGAGGAAAUUAAGAUUGGAAUUUGGAUCGAGUUGGAUGAAGAGUGUUAUGAUGAUAGAUAAAUAACUUAUAAUGGAGAAUAUAGUAUGAAUGGUAAGAAGAUAGGUAGAUGGGAUAUUGUAUACAAUAGAAAAUAAAUGUAAAUAUAAUUUAAGUAUAGUAAAUUUUUUCUUAGUGGAGGAGGAUCAUAUGAUUAAGAGGGAAUUAAGAUUGGAAUGUGGAUCGAGUUGGAUGAAGGAUUUUAUAAUGAUAAAUAGGUCACUUAUAUUGGGGAAUACGAUAUGUAAGGUAAAAAGUAAGGUAAAUGGGGUAUCUUUUUUAGGUGGGAGUAUGAGAAGGAUUAUAACAAAAUGUAAAUAUUUUAUGAGUAUAGCGGUAAAAUUUUAGUGGUGGGGGAUCAUAUAGUUAAAAGGGAGAUUAGUAAAAGAUUGGAAGAUGGAUAGAGUUGGUUGAUGGAUUUAGGUUUGGUAAAUAAGUGACUUAUAGUGGGGAAUAUAAUACUUAGGGCAUAAAGGAAGGUAGAUGGAAUUUAUCUUAUAAGGUAGAAUUGGAGAAAGAUUAUAAAUAAAUGUAAAUAAUUUAUACUUAUAUUAAUUAUGUUUUAGUGGUGGUGGAUCAUAUAGUAAUAAAGGUAAAAAGACCGGAUAAUGGAUAGAAUUAGAUGACGAAUUCGAAUAGAGAGCUUAAAUCACUUAUAGAGGGAAAUAUAAUAUUAAUAGUAUAAAAAUAGGAAUGUGGGAAACUUGGUUGAAUUAUUUUGAUGAUGGAUGGAAAAACAUAUAAAUGUAACUAUUAUAUGAGUAUAGUAAUAACAUAUUAGUGGUGGUGGAUCAUAUGAUGAUAGUAAUGAAUGUUUAAAAACUGGAAGAUGGAUAGAUUUAGGUGAAGGGUUUGAUUAGAUGGCUUAAGUUACUUACAAUGGUGAAUAUAAUACGAAAGGUAUGAAAGUAGGCAAAUGGAGUAUAUGGUGGAAUUAAAAUGGAGAAGAUAAAGAAAUGUAAUGCAUUAAAUUAUUUAAGUGGUGGUGGAUCAUAUGAUGAAAGUGGUUAAGGUAUUAAGAUUGGAAGGUGGGUAGAGUCGGGGUAAGGAUUUUGGAAAUCUAAAUAAGUUACUUAUUGCGGUGAAUACAAUAUUUAAGGUAUUAAGACAGGUAGAUGGGAUAUAUAGUUUAAUGAUACAAAUAAUAAAUAAAUGUAAAUUUAAUAUAGGAAUAGUAAUAAAUGUAUUAGAGGGGGCGGAUAAUAUGAUUAUAGUGGUAAAGGCAUUAAGACUGGAAGAUGGGUAGAGGUGGAUUGGAGCUUUGGAUGGACUAACUAAAUAAUUUUUAGUGGUGAAUACAAUAUGAAAGGUCUCAAAAUUGGUUUAUGGUUGGAGGUGGAUAUUUAUAAGAAUAAAAUACUAAAUGAAAAGAAAUAUUAUAAUUGA